AUGACUCCUUCAAGCUCUUCAGCCAACCUCGUCUUGUUGAAGGAUCAACAUUACAGUACCUUAUCCCUUAAAGCUUUAUACAAAUGUGUCAUUAUCUUUGGUAUAUUUUUCCUGUUGAUCCUCUUCGUCACCUUCUUGCAGCUUCAUCCUUUACAUGAUCAAUUCCCUUACAUUCUCGCAAGAUUCCAGGAAAAAUGUACCCCUCCAUCAUUAUCAUCUUCAUCACCAUUACCAUCGAUUUCAAAUAAUAAUACGUCUCAUCAUCAUCAUCAUGCCAUUAACGUUAGCAACAUUGUUUUCUGCAUAGCUGCUUCUGUAAAAACAUGGAAGAACAAGAAACCCUACAUUGAAUCAUGGUGGCGACCUAAUAUAACAAGAGGAUAUGUGUUUUUCGAGCACACUCCGGGGAAGGAUUCUCUGCCAUGGCCGGCGACUUCUCCGCCGUAUAAGGUCCACGGGGACGUCACAAAGCUGAGGAUCUUCAAGAAAUUUCCGAGCCCAAUUCAGGUGAGGAUUCUGCGUUCCAUUACGAAGACGUUCGAGCAGAGAGAUGAGAAUGUGAAGUGGUUUGUGAUGACAGAUGAUGAUACAGUGAUGGUGAUCGAGAAUCUGAUUAGGGUUUUGUCAAAGUAUGAUCACACGAAGCAGGUGUAUGUGGGGAUGAAUUCUGAAGCUAUUAAGUCAAAUUCUUUAUUUGCUUUUGAAAUGGCUUAUGGAGGAGGAGGCUUUGCUUUGAGCUAUCCAUUAAUGGAAGCCCUAGUUGAGAACUUGGAAGGAUGCAUAGAGAGAUAUACUCAUUUGAUUUCUAGCGAUUACAUUGUGAGUGCUUGUAUUGCUGAUCUUGGAGUUGAUCCUACAUUUGAAAGAGGUUUUCACCAGGUUGAUGCACAUGGGGACGUAUCAGGUCUUCUUUCAGCUCAUCCAAAUGUUCCUUUUGUGUCUAUCCACCACAUGGACACCAUAGACCCUAUCUUCCCCUCCAAGAACCGAUCAGAGUCCAUAAGACACCUUCUUCGAGCAGCCAAACUGGAUCACACUCGCAUUCUUCAGCAAACCAUAUGCCACCAUAAGCCUAACUUAUGGACUUUCUCAGUCUCAUGGGGUUACUCUCUUCAAAUCUACGAAAGUGUCUUCCCUCGUUGGCUUCUCAAGAGGCCUUUGGAGACCUUCAAGCCAUGGCUCGCCGAGAUCUCGGCGCCACCCUAUUACAUGUUCAACACAAGGUUGCCUACUGAUAAUCCCUGUGAAGCUCCUCAUGGGUUUUUCGCAGAAUCAAUGGAGAAAAUUAGGGUUGAUAAUGAUGGAGAAGAACAUGUAGUUACAACGUUUGUGAGACGAUCUGGCAGAGGUUUGAUGGCUUGUCCUCUUGCUGGACAUAAGUCUGCUGAUUCUAUCACCAGAGUUAGAGUCAUCUCUCCUGCAACAAUGAACCUCAAGGGUAGAAGAGAGUGCUGUGAUGUUGUACACGUUGGUUCUAGAGAUGCAGAAAUCAGAUAUAGGGCCUGCUUGAAAAAUGAAAUUAUUGGCUAA